AUGUUAACAAAACUUCCAGAUCUCGCCAAUCAGAAGCAGGUAUCCGAUACAUUAUUAAAGCGAGCAUCUGGUACUUUUCUUUGGUUCAAACUUGUUAUACAUAAUCUACGAGAUUUUACACAUUACGAGGAGAAUGACACCAAAAUGUCAACUUCCCGACUUCCUACAAGCUUAGAUGAUGUCUACAGCGCCAUUUACGAAUGUACGGCCGUUCUCGCUAAGGGAAUUGACAGUUAUUUUGGAAGUCUAUCAAUACUAGCAUCAGGUCAAAGUUCGUGGUAUAUUACUCAAGAUGAAUCACUAUCGCCAUACCGAGCUAGUAUUGAUGUUCUAAUCGCAUCAUGUCAUGGACUAUUAGAGGUUGAAGGACCGGAUGGAAUUGUUUCCCUUGUUCAUCUAAGUGCUCGAGAAUUUUUGAUAUCAAGAACUGCCUCGGAGACUUCUCAGCUAGGGUAUUCUGAUGCCAAAUACUUUAACAACACGCACAUUUCUAUUGCCGAAGUAUGCGUCACCUAUUUGGCAAUUAGAUCUCUCGACGACAACUCGGGUGUAAAUUUUGACCUCGACAACUCUGGCUUCUUGCAAUAUACGGUAGUUCACUGGCUUGAACAUGCAAGAGCAGCUGAUCGCUCUGGCGUAUCAUAUCGGCCUCUUUUCAAACGUUUGGAUUCGCUGUCCCCAAAAUUUCUGAGAUUUUGGAUUGUCCAAUAUCAAAAGCAUGUAGGCUCAAGGAGUUCCUUGAAGUACAUGCUUGACAGAUGGACAGCUCUCCAUGUUUCCGCUGCUUUUGGAAUUUACAAUCUUGUUCAAACUAUCAAAGAACUCGGAGAAGUACAGAGCUUUGAUACCAGAGACGCGUAUGGGCGUACCGCCUUAUCCCUGGCCGCUGAGAAUAAUCACGUAUCUGUUCUUCAACUUCUCCUGGAAGCAGGAGCAAGCAUCACUACUCGGGACAAUCGUUAUGGUCUCUCUCCACUGGAAUCGGCAGCUUUACAAGGCAAUGUUGAAAUAGUCAAUAUACUUGUAGAAAAAGCGGGUUCUUGGUCCGGCACUUCUUUACUUUCUAUCGCGGCAGCAAGAGGACAUAUCUCGCUUGUAAAAUUUCUACUGGAGAAAGGCGCUCAUGUUGACUCGAUAGAUCAGUAUUGGGGAUGUACGGCCCUUCAUCUUGCUGCUGGGUAUGGUUAUACAGCUAUUGCAUUUCUACUUCUUGCCCGUGGUGCCGAUCCGAAUAUUAUUGAUAGAUCUAAGGGGCAGACGCCGCUAUACUAUGCUAUAUACAAGGGUCGACACGAAACAAUCAAGGUUCUACUGGAGUAUGGCGCUAGAGUGGGUGAACCACCCAAGAAACCAUUUGUAUUGACUAAUGCGCCCCAAUUCGCUUCUUGGCCUGAUCGGGUCGGUAGCUCAAUUCUGGGAAAUCUAGCAAUUAGACUACGCACGUGUACGCAAGGGUCGGAGGCCAACGGACAGUCAAGUUCUGGUAGUUUCAAUAAAGGUACUUCUGAAAACUCCGGCAAUGGACGUAAGAAAAGAUCACAUCAGGACUUUCAAAGUGGCGGUUCUGGUGGAAAUGGUGGCUUUGGCGAUGAACCCAACAAACAGCCUGCGUUAGAGCCCACUUUUUCAACAAAUCCUGCUAUGAGUGAUCUUGGGCUAAACCUUGCUUGCCCAUACUUUAAGAAUGAUCUGGGAAGAUACGGAUCCAGUAGAGCUUGCCGUGGGCCUCCUGCCUACCCAGAUAUCAAUAGACUGAAACAGCACUUGUACAAGGCACAUUCACUAAAGAUAUUUCGAAAAUGUCAUUUGAUUUGUAAUGGCGAGAUUGAGCUCCAAAAGCAUUACAACAUUCCAAUAUGCGCCGCGAUUUUUCAACGGGACUACGCAGAUGGCUUUGAUGAACCUCAGCGUGAUAAGCUCAAAAGACGAACCGAGAAGAAGAACCACUCGGACAAGGCGCAGUAUUGGGCAGCGGUGUACAGAAUACUAUUUCCAAACACCGAUGAUGCAAACAUGCUAACACCAUAUAAGUGA